AUGUCCAGAAUUCCAACACGAGUAAUGAUAAUUUCCGACACUCAUGAACAUUCCCUCAAUGGAGCGGAUACGCCCGAGGUGGAUAUCCUCCUCCAUACUGGCGAUUUAACCAAUUUCGGUGAAUUGAACGCCUUGAAAGAGUCUGUCAAGAUGACGGGUACCAUCGAAGCCGAAUUAAAACUAACGUGUGGAUCUAUGGGCUUCCAAUACCAAAUACAUGAAGAUCGGUUUAACGACGCAAGUCAAGUCGCUCCGGGCCAGAUUUCAAUCGCCACAAAUCCUAUUCCUGAAGGUGUUGAUAUUUUCAUGACUCAUGGUCCUCCACAUACGAUUCUGGACCAAGUUGAUGGCUCUUAUAAAGGUUGUCGUAAUCUUCUUCGUGCUGUAGGCCGUGUUCGACCACUUAUGCAUUGCUUCGGACAUAUUCACGAAGGAAAUGGCGCCAAUCUUGUAACUUGGAAACCGGAUGGUAGCGUAAAGGAUCCAUCAUUAGCUACACCGAUGGAGACAGAACAGGUCAACGAGUAUCCGUGUACAAAUGAGUGGCCAAUCCAAUCUGGAAAACAAACUCUGAUGGUAAACGCAGCAAUCAUGAUGAAUACUGCAGAGGGAAUGCGUCCAAAUUAUAAGCCUUUUGUAGUAUCACUCGAUCUGCCUCGCCACCAUUGA